AUGGUCUUCUUCCUACAACAGGCCAAGAACCGAGCAGUUCACUAUCUGUACUACAUUGAGAGAUACAACGACCACACUAUUUACCAUGAUAUCAACUCCACCUUCAAGAGGACCACCCUACUCAUGAAGAAACAGCGCCGAGGUUACGGACUACACUGUCACCGCACGGUCAUCACCAUCUGUAAGCUGAUUGGUGUAGAGGACAUGUACGCCAAGGUAGAGGGCUCCGUCAACCUGCUCAACAUCACCAGGGCUCUGUUCACCAGACUGGCCAAUCAGGAGACCCACCAGUUCCUGGCUGAAAAGAAGCAGCUCCACGUGGUAGAGUUUCAGCCGGAGCGCGGGCCCCGGCCCCUCCUCGUGGCCACUCCUAAGAAGGGAGUGCGUCCUGACCCCGAACCCGAGGAAGAGAUCCCUAACACGCGGCUCACCUGGGACGACGUCCGUGCCGCUCAGGGCAUGAAACGCUCAGUCUGGGCCGGGAUCAAGAGGACCAUCUGGUGA